AUGAGUUUUAUCCCAAGCCAGUUCCCAUCUGCCUCAACAGACAAUUUACUAAACAAUGACUCCACUGACAACAGUACAUCUGCGGUCUUAUUAAAUGAUUUCAAAUCCUUUUAUAAUGAAAAAUUGAAAUCUUUUCCAAAAGAAUUUUUCAACUUUGGUCACUUUACCAAGCCAAUAAACUCAAUACAGUCAUUAAACAGUCUCACAACAUUUUUGAUUACGAUGUCAACAAUUUUUAGCUCAAGAGUUUUACCCAACUUUAAAUACUUCUACUAUAAUUACUUGGUGUUGACUUUGUUUGGUUUAAUAAUCUAUACCUUUUCAGUUGGUAAAAUUGCAUUAUUUUUUUCGUUUUUAUUUAUUAUAUUAUAUUUUGGUAUAUUAAUGAAAUUUCUUUAUUCCAAUGGUGAAUCCGACGAAUUUACAAUUUAUAGAACUAAUUUCUCUAUACACAAAAAAAGUUUUAUUUUUUUCGGUAUUAUCGUUGUUGCUCCAUUGAUUAUAGUCUCCGGCCCUGUGCAAAUUAUUUGGGACACUCUGUUUGUGGCUUUGUUUAUCGUCUUACCUCAUGGCGUAUUCUAUGAUCCAGUUUACCACUCUACCAUCGAAAGCCAACAAGUCUAA